GGGAGGUAUCUGUGGGGUGCUCUGUGGGGCUGGGGGUGACCCUGACCCCCUCACUUCCCCCCCCCCCCCCAGCUCGGUGGUGGUUGGCAGCGCCCAGGGGGACGUGGCUGUCAUCGACCUGCGCAAAGGGCGGGUCCUGCGCUGCCUGAAGGGGGCCGCGGGGGGGGUGCGGGGGCUCCAGUGCCACCCCCAGGGGCCCCUCCUGGCCUCCUGCGGCCUCGACCGCUUCCUGCGCCUGCACCACCUGGGGGAGGGGCGCUUGUGCCACAAGGUCUACCUCAAGUCCCAGCUCACCUGCCUGCUGCUGAGCACCCAACACGACUGGGAGAGCGAAGAGGAGCCGUCCCCCCCGGUGGAGGUGAAGGAGGAAGAGGAGGAUGCGCUGUGGGACACCAUGGAAACGGUCCCCACCCCACAGAAACAGGGCAAGAAGCGGAAGAUUCAGGAGGGGUGAAAGGGGGGUGGGACCACAAAUUGGGGCAAAAAACUCUGAUUUUGGC